ACCUCCACAAUUAAUAUGUUGCCGUCCUGACUUUUGCCCUCGAGGUCCGGGAAGGGGGCUAUUUAAUGAAUUCAUUUAGGCCUAAAAAAUUUUCUUUCUUUCCGGUAACAUGCUCAAAAAAAUUAGGGUAGGUAGGUCUGAAAAACUAUUUGUUUUGAUUUUUUUUUAUUAUUAAGGGAGACUUUUCGGAAAUUAUUUUUGUGUCAAAAAAUGAAUACAAAUACGGGGGUUAUGCCUCUAGAGCAUCAGUAAGUUGAUUUAUAACAUCACUGACUAUGUUUAAGGCAUAGAAAGUGUAGUUUUGCAACUUUGUGUCAAAAAGUUGAAAAAAAUGUUCUCCAAGGCCAUAAAAACAUUUAAGGUCGGGUCAAAAAUUUAGGGUAGGUUGGGGUACCGGAAACAAACAUUUUUUUACGCCUUAGUCACAGUGUAGAUCUAUAGUUAAGUUAUUAGGCCCACCUCCUGAAAUAUAAUAAUAUUUUAAUAAAUUAAUAAGAUUUAUUUUUAAUGAAGUGUAUUAAUAAGUCCUGAUUUCAUUCAAGUAAACUGGAUUGCUGUGUAUGUGCGUGCAAAUUAAAAUGAUAUUUUUAUGACUGUUUAAAUAGAAUAAAGUUUGUAUAAAGUUAAUCAACCAUUUCUUUAUGAUAAACAGUAGCUUUUCUUUGUAUGUGUAAUUAUAUCUUUAAAAGUGUGUCAAAUGAGCAAGUAUGUCGAUUUUAUACUGAAUUUUCCACGGAAACGAAAAGAGGAAAUUCCGCGUUUCAGUGUAUAUUUGGAAACAAGAAAAGGCCACCAUCGUUCUGUAUUAAAUAGAAAAACGAUUUAAAACUGACAGAAUGUUAAUUUUGUUAAAAGAUUAAAAAAUAUAUUAAACAUGAAGAUAAUUAUGUACGUUGAAUCGUAUGGACAGUCAUUACUAAAUCUGAUUAAUAUGCGUGGGCUUUAUAAAACAAUUCAGCUUUAUGUGGAUCACAAAAUGACUUCAUAUUUUUGUUAUGCGGUCGUUGUUCCAAUUCAGGCAACAUCGGGGUCACCAGACGGUAAGACGGAACAAGACAUUUUUCCUGCAGAAUUUAGUGGAAAAGAAGGCGACAGAAAGGGAGGACAGUCCCCAGAUAAACAUGAACACGGACAAGCACAACAGACCGCUGCAAAAGAAACUCAGGGCCUUAAAAACUUUAAAGGAUAUACUUUUAAAGAUACAGACCAUUGUUAUGUUGAACAUGAAAUGACGGACGCAAAUGGUGAAUCCCACUUAAUCCAUACCCGAGCAAUGUCUUUGACGGAUAGUGUGGAUGAAUUAAAGAUUGGAACCGGAACAGAUGGUAAAAUUAAUCCGGGUGGAGAAAGGAUUGAUUCAUGGGGAUCUUUAUCAGCCGAUGAUCUUACAAUGGACGCUCGCGCAUGUGCAUUGCCUAAAAGAAGACCGAAAAACGCACUAUUAAAAGAAGAAAAGUUGACGAAGCUUGAGAAUGAACAUGUCGAUUGUCAAAAAGAUAAAGGCAAAGCUGAAAACAGACGAGGGACACAUGGAAAGUGUUCCGAACACAUACAUGAAUUUAUAAAAAAUCUCGUCCAUACCCAGGUUUCUAAAGAGCAUAUCAUUAAGUAUUUUGAUGCCGUGAUAGUUUAUGAUAAAAAUGACUACAGUAACGUAAUAUCUUUUAGGAAUCAACUGCAUAGUAUUGUGAAGUCGAGUCUUGACGAAGAUUUGAAAAUUGAAUUAUUUGAUAGCGAAGAAUUUGCCCAAUCUAAGAUAAUGGUUGUUGAAGAUGUUAUUGACAGAUGCAGUGUUGUCUUAAUUUAUCUCUCAAGUAAUUUUAAUUCGCCUGAACUCCAUUUAUUCAUAGAAGAAGCUAUCGGUUUGUCAAGAUUAGGAUAUAAUGAUCCUGAAUUUCAAUCUGGAAGAACUACUAGUCGGAGACAGUGGGUGCUGAAACCAGUACACACAGAACCUCGUAAGUCACGGGACUACAAAACACCAUUAGGUUUACUUACAGUUAACGGUAUAGACUGGUUUGACCGCUCUUCAUCACAUACACUGAAUCAGAUAAAAGGUAUGAUGCAGACUGCGAUAAUGCAGCGUAAGCAGAGAGAGGUGGAAGGCAAUACUUCUCGGACUUAUGAACACGUGUUUGGAAGUUCCCCAGAAAUGCCACCUCUCGGGCCGCCUUUUAAUAAACCAUAUGAAUCGCCUACUUUUAGAAUUCCGCAGUUACCAAAACGACAGACUGCUCAAUUAAAUUCUCAUCCUUCAAACGAUGCGAUGUCGCUUAUACAAGGUUCACCAGCCUUUCCAUCGCACCAAAAUGAGUCGACAACAAUUCGAAUUGACACGCAGCCAAGUUUUCCUUCUGGCAAUCAGAAUACUGCAUAUCGUGAUGCUAGACAACUACUUGCACGUGAAACUACUUCACAAGGAAGCGGAUUUGCCCAGCAAGGUCGAAGUUCGGACUUGAACACUCCGUCGAGAUAUGAACCUAGAAACCAAGCAGAUGCUUGUCUGUCGUAUAACAUGCCUCCCCCGUACAGCCCAUAUACGGAUCAACAAUUUAGACAACCUCCAGUUGGCGGGCAGCAGUUCUAUCAACCUUUGUCACCUAAUGUUCCUGCUCAUCAGCCCGGGUAUAUUUACCAAUCAGCUGGACUGCCAAAUGAGGGUUGUUUUGCUAAUCAGCCGCCUGGACAUGUACCAAACUACCAAACUUCGGCGAUGCAUACAUGGCAGUCAGUAGGCGUUCCAGUACAAAUGGACAUGAGACAAUCGCAAGUGCCUGUCAAUUCAACAGCUACGGAUGUUCGCGGAAUUAGUCAGUACGAUCCUUACCAGAGUCUACAUAUAAGCCGAGAUGCUCUUCAAAGUGAGCCUGGUAAUUUCCUUCUGGACCAGAGAAACGAUACUCCACCUACCUCACAAUUAAGCGUAGUUUCUCAAGUGUCAGGGAAUCUUAUUACCAAGACAAAUCUUUCGGCAGAUGAUGACGUAGAGGUAGAUACACGCUCACAGACUGACCAUGCUAGAAACUAUGCAAACGAUUUCGAAAACAGUACCGAUGAGUCCGACUAUACUAGUGACAGUGAUAGCGACAUGGAUUUCCCAGUGAAAAGAAGAGUUAUACAGAAAGUUGUCAACAUCGUUGGAUGUAAAACUGUUCAGUUAGGAAAACGCAACCGAGUUAAGGAGACCGGUACAAAACAAGAGACAACUGAUAAACCUUCGAAGAAUCAAACAGAGAAGUGUUAUAGAUCAUUCAAAGAACCUUCUGCUUCUAAUAUCGCCGCAAAUGAAAAGCUGUCGACAGCUUACUUAAAACCAGCGAUGAAUAUUUCAGUUGAUAACAUGUCUGCGGAAAAUGCCUUGUCCAGAGGCUCGCAUUGCAAUUUGGAAAGCAGGUAUUCGUUGGAAAAGACAGCUCUCUUAAGUAGUGAUGCAAACAUGACAAGUAGACGUUUCGAACCUGUGAAAACUGCUCAGUUUAAAAUUAAUACGAAGUUCAAAGUUCAUAAUGAAAGAGUGAACGUUAAUGAAAACAGAACUAUCGAUGAAAAUGAAGUAUACUCUCCAGAUGACAAUAUUUCUGAAGAUCAGCUGUUUGGGAGUGGUUUACUAUCUUUAGAUACAAAUUCAUCUUCAAGCUAUAACAGGGGUUUUCAGCCAUUCUCUUUUAGUCAAGGAAUUCAGCAAACUAGAGAUUUAAUAAACUUUUUGCGUCCUUCUUUGAAUAUUAACAACCUUCCUGAAGAAACGUUGGACUGCAACACUUUUGUGAAUAAUGAUAUUGACUAAUCUAAUUUCGGAAACUUACGUUUUAUGACAUAAUAUCUGAUAGCAAACACUUCAAUAUGUUACGACAAGACAGUAAAAAUCCUCGAAAGAUUUGCAAGAUGUAUCUGUUAUCUGAUUGAACAAUUUAAAUGGGUGGUUUGAUUAAUAAAAACAGCAGUUGUUGCUUGAUAUCGAUAAAUCGAUAUUGUGUACAUAGAUAUUUUAAUGAGCAUAAAUUACAUCUAAAUUGCUUCUAUUUCAUAUAUUUAAUUUCAAUAGUAUGACUAAAUCGUUUGAGAGGUUUUACAUAUUUUAUUGUCUACGAGUGUUUUUACUUUUAAAAGCAUCAUAAUACGUACAGAAUCACAUUGCAAUUUCUUCCUAUUGUAAUCACUUUAGAAUGAAAGUAUUGUCUAUAUUUUGAUUUUGUUAAUGUAAAUCUGGAGUCGUAUCGUGCAGUUUUAAAUAUGAAUAAUAAUUGUAAUAAAUAAAUAAAUAAAUAAAUAAAAUAAAUAAUGAUAAUGAUAAUAAUAAUGUAGAUAACAUAGUAGUAGAUUACACGAACAUGAUAAUUGUAAUGACCAUUUUCUGCUUUAGCAGAGGCUAAUUGUACGUGAUCACUAUCAGCGAGACAUUCACUGUGAAAAUCAGAAUGAAAAUGUGACAUCUCAGUAUUCACUGUUAACCUGUCUUUUAUUACAAGAAAUCUUAUUGCCAAGUGCUUUGAAAAGAGUAACAUUUGUUCAUAAGGAAACCAUUAGAACUAUUGACACUUAAUGACGUAAGUAACGUUUGGAAGGAGGAAAUCAUGCAGCGUGAAUUAGAAGAAGUACACGUCAUCGGUUAUGAAAAUAAGGAAGUUUUAACUAUUACAAACAGUUCUUUUGAAAAGUAGCGUCAAUUGUUGAUACUUUUAAUGUAUGUGAAACUGCAAGUAUCUUUUGAAAUGUUAACUGCGUAGUUAUUGAAGUAACUAGCUAAACCAUAUUAUUCGUACAAUCGUCUCGUACAGUUUAGAUGGUCAAGAACAAAAGACUGCAUGACAUGAUCAUACUAACUGGUGUUUGUGGAAUGGUACCCACUAGCCCGGAAGUUACCUUGUCAGAAUGCAUCGUGGUCUGUCCGUGUUCCUUGAUAAACCGUCCACAGCCUGGGUCUUAGACAAAAACUUACUUUUAUAACUGGCUUUUUUUUCAGGCCUCAAAAUUGAACGUUUUACAGAUAUUACUUUUAGUUAUUCAUUCAUUCAGAGAGAGGUAUUUGUGUUAGUAUACGCUUUUUAGGGUGGAUAAAAGUCACUUUUAUUGAUUAGGUCAAGUUGACCAUCUUUGCUCAACCAUAAUGUGUUAUAUGCUAAUUUUACUAGGGUUUAAUUAAGUAUUUCUGUAGUAUUUAUACAUUUUGUACAUGUAUGUUCUUGGUUGUAUGUUUCAUGUUUGCAGAAGCCGUGUAUGAAAAACGGAAUAGAAAUAAAAAAUACAUUUCUAGUAAA